CAAUCACGUUGAAGCUUUUGGCAUCACAGGCCACACCUCGGAUGUCGCCGGAGUUGCAAAUCUUUGUUUAAAAAUUGGAAAGAUUUCGAGUUGUCACUCGAAAGGUAUUCAUACUUUCAAGUUUUAACUUGCUGGAUUGUUUGAACAAAUCCCUCAGGCAGACACAAAAGGAGGGUUUUGGUGAAUAUCAAUUACCUACCUACAGUAAGAGAAAAUGAGCAGCCGCUCAGAAUUUGGCAACCCAGAGGCACCCGGCUAUGUUGGCUUUGCCAACCUGCCCAACCAGGUGCAUCGCAAGUCAGUCAAGAAGGGAUUUGGCUUCACUAUGAUGGUGGUUGGCGAGUCAGGGCUUGGGAAAUCGACCCUUGUUAAUAGUCUCUUUCUCACUGACUUGUACCCGGAACGACAGGUGCCAGCCGCCUCCGACGUGAUCAAGCGCACGGUUAAGAUCGAGGCUUCCACGGUAGAAAUCGAAGAGCGCGGUGUCAAGUUGCGGCUCACGGUUGUAGACACUCCAGGGUUCGGUGACGCCAUCGACAACACCAACUGCUUCGAGCCCAUUGUCCAGUACAUCGACGACCAGUUCGAGAAGUACUUCAAGGACGAGUCCGGGCUGAACCGACGGAACAUCGUCGAUAACCGGAUACACUGCUGUUUCUACUUCAUCAACCCGGCCGGGCACGGCCUGAAGCCGUUGGACGUUCAGUUCAUGAAAAUGCUGCACAACAAGGUGAACUUGGUGCCGGUGGUGGCCAAGGCGGACACGCUGACCAAGGCCGAGAUGGACCGGCUGAAGGCGCGGCUGCGCACAGAGAUCGGCGAGCACGGCAUCCGCGUGUACCAGCUGCCGGACUGCGACACGGACGAGGACGAGGAGUACAAGGAACAGGUGAAGCAGCUGAAGGCGGCCAUGCCGUUCGCGGUGUGCGGCAGCAGCCAGCAGAUCGAGGUGGCAGGGAAGAAGAUCCGCGGUCGCCAGUAUCCGUGGGGCGUGAUCGACGUCGAGAACCCGAACCACUGCGACUUCAUCAAGCUGCGGACCAUGCUCAUGACACACAUGCAGGACCUGGACGACAUGACGCACGACAGCCACUACGAGAAUUACCGCUCGGAGCGGCUGGCGCGCCAGGCGGCGCCCAAGGCGCGCGCCGGCUCCGUUACCGGCGCCGACGACGUCUCCGAGAAGGACCGCAUGAUCCAGGAGAAGGACGCCGAGCUGCGGCGCAUGCAGGACAUGCUGCAGCGGAUGCAGGCGCAGAUCGCUCAGAGCAGCUCCAGUUCCCUGCAGUCAGUUGGCAGUCAGUAGUGCGGCGCCGCCCGGCCACCGGUCGUCGGCCUGCACCCGGUCCGCACACCGCCCGGGCUGUGCUGCCCGCGUGCAUAGGAGUGUGCGCAGCAAGGUGUCAGGGAAAAGAGCUCCAGACUGAGCGGGAUUCGUAUCCAACCCGAGGCGGACCAGUGAUCGACGGCGAUCGGUCCGUCCGCGACCAGAGGCUGAGUAGAACUCGUUCCGUUCGGCCGGCUCGAGCUCUCUGUAUUCUUAGCGUUCGCCCCAUUAAUCGCUUCCCGCUGCCGUGCUCGCUAGUAAUAACCGAGUGCGACCAGACGUGUUCAGUGCCACCCGCGAUAACUUGCCGUAGACUUACGAUGGCGCUGAUUCUACCAUUGUUUGUACGCUCGAUUGGUCCGUCGGGGACAGGGCAGGCGGAAGGGAUGCCGCCCUGCCAGCGCGCGGCAGGCAAAGGUACCCUCGGACAGUGUGUCUCGUCGAGUUGGGGCUGAGUGAGCUGAGUUAUCUGCUGAGGGCUGAGUGAAUUGAGUGAUUGCCGAGGGCUAAGGUGCUACGCUGUCUUGGAUACACCCCGUCCCGGCAGCUCCGAGAUGCUUCCUCUUUCCAAACCAGCACGCUUCAGUGGGCUUUUACCACGUUAUUUUGUACCCAAACGGCAGUGGCCUACCGGGAUAUGUAUAUGACAUAAAAAUACAUUUUUUCACAUAUCAAA